CCCUGGCCCCGCCCCCCUCAGGCCGCCCUCCGGCCCGCGCUCGCUCUCGCGCCCUCUCUCUCUCCCCGCGCGGUGUGUGGUGGAGGCGCUGCGGACAUGGCCGCCGAGCAACAGCACUUCUAUCUGCUCCUCAGCAACCUGCUGAGCCCGGACAACGGUUCCCGGAAACAGGCUGAGGAAACCUAUGACAGCAUCCCUGGCCCAUCCAAGAUUACUUUCCUUCUGCAAGCAAUAAGAAAUGCAGCUGCCGCUGAAGAGACAAGACAGAUGGCAGCCGUCCUAUUGCGACGACUCCUGUCAUCCUCCUUUGAAGAAGUCUAUCCAUCCCUCCCUACUGAAGUCCAGAAUGCUAUUAAAAGUGAACUGCUGCUGGUCAUUCAGUUGGAAGCUCAGUCCAAUAUGAGGAAAAAGAUCUGUGACAUUGUUGCAGAAUUGGCUAGAAAUUUAAUUGAUGAUGAUGGCAAUAAUCAGUGGCCUGAAGCCUUGAAGUUCUUAUUUGAUUCUGUGAGCUCUCAGGAUGUUGGUCUGCGUGAGUCUGCACUGCACAUCUUCUGGAAUUUCCCUGGUAUAUUUGGAAAUCAGCAACAACAUUACCUAGAAGUGAUCAAAAGAAUGCUUGUACAGUGCAUGCAGGACCAGAAUAAUCCUGGGAUCAGGACACUGUCUGCCAGAGCUGCUGGUGCAUUUGUCUUAGCCAAUGAACACAAUAUCCCAUUGCUAAAGCAAUUUGCAGACCUAUUACCUGGAAUCUUGCAGUCUGUUAAUGAAUCCUGCUAUCAGAAUGAUGACUCGGUCCUGAAGUCACUAGUGGAAAUCGCAGAUACGGUUCCUAAGUAUUUGAGACCCCACCUGGAAGCAACAUUGCAACUAAGCUUGAAGCUUUGCGCUGACACCACUUUAAGCAACAUGCAUAGACAGCUGGCACUUGAGGUUAUUGUCACCCUUUCUGAAACUGCUGCAGCCAUGCUGAGGAAACAUACAAGUAUUGUUGCCCAGGCUAUACCGCAGAUGUUGGCAAUGAUGGUAGAUUUGGAAGAUGAUGAAGAUUGGUCAAAUGCAGAUGAGCUGGAAGAUGAUGAUUUUGACAGCAAUGCUGUGGCUGGUGAAAGUGCCUUGGACAGAAUGGCCUGUGGCCUGGGUGGAAAGAUUGUACUCCCCAUGAUCAAGGAGCACAUCAUGCAAAUGCUACAAAACCCGGACUGGAAGUACAGACAUGCUGGUCUUAUGGCAUUGUCAGCCAUUGGGGAAGGCUGUCACCAGCAAAUGGAGAGCAUUCUUAAUGAGAUGGUCAACUUUGUUUUGCUUUUUCUUCAAGAUCCACACCCCCGCGUACGUUAUGCUGCAUGUAAUGCUAUUGGACAGAUGGCAACAGACUUUGCCCCUGCAUUCCAGAAAAAGUUUCAUGAGAAAGUGAUAGCAAGCCUGCUACAAACCAUGGAAGAUCAAGGUAACCCUCGUGUCCAGGCUCAUGCAGCAGCUGCUCUUAUUAACUUCACUGAAGAUUGUCCCAAGUCACUUCUCGUUCCUUACCUGGAUAAUCUGGUUAAACAUUUGCAUUCCACAAUGGUGGUCAAGUUGCAAGAGCUAAUUCAGAAAGGCACAAAGCUGGUUUUGGAACAAGUUGUGACUUCAAUAGCUUCUGUCGCAGACACUGCUGAAGAGAAGUUUGUUCCCUACUAUGAUUUGUUUAUGCCCUCCCUGAAGCAUAUAGUGGAAAAUGCUGUGCAAAAAGAGCUCCGCCUUCUCAGAGGAAAAACUAUUGAGUGCAUUAGUCUUAUAGGUCUGGCUGUUGGUAAAGAUAAGUUCAUGCAAGAUGCAUCGGAUGUGAUGCAGCUUCUGCUAAAGACUCAGACAGACUUCAGUGAAUUGGAAGACGAUGAUCCUCAGAUUUCAUACAUGAUUUCCGCUUGGGCACGUAUGUGCAAGAUCCUUGGGAAAGAGUUUCAGCAAUACCUCCCUGUGGUCAUGGGUCCUCUCAUGAAAACUGCAUCCAUUAAACCAGAGGUGGCUCUACUCGACACGCAAGAUAUGGAGAGCAUGGGAGAUGACGACGGGUGGGAAUUUGUUAACCUGGGGGACCAGCAAAGUUUUGGCAUUAAAACUGCUGGACUUGAAGAAAAAGCAACUGCAUGUCAAAUGCUGGUUUGUUAUGCUAAAGAACUGAAGGAAGGAUUUGUAGAAUAUACUGAACAAGUAGUAAAACUAAUGGUUCCUCUGCUUAAAUUUUAUUUUCAUGAUGGUGUAAGAGUUGCUGCUGCAGAGUCCAUGCCACUGUUGUUGGAGUGUGCCAGGGUACGCGGCCCUGACUACCUGACACAAAUGUGGCACUUCAUGUGUGAUGCGCUCAUCAAGGGAAUUGGAACAGAGCCAGACUCAGAUGUUCUGUCCGAAAUAAUGCACUCUUUUGCCAAGUGCAUUGAGGUAAUGGGUGAUGGUUGUCUGAACAAUGAACACUUUGAAGAACUUGGAGGCAUACUCAAAAGCAAAUUAGAAGAGCACUUUAAAAACCAGGAACUAAGACAAGUGAAAAGACAAGAUGAAGACUACGAUGAAGAAGUUGAAGAGUCCUUGCAGGAUGAAGAUGACAAUGAUGUUUACAUUCUGACUAAAGUAGCAGACAUUUUGCACUCUAUAUUCAGCAGCUACAGAGAGAAGGUUUUGCCGUGGUUUGAGCAGUUACUGUCAUUAAUUGUUAAUUUGAUUUGUCCUCACCGGCCCUGGCCAGACAGACAAUGGGGGCUCUGUAUCUUUGAUGACAUUAUUGAGCACUGCAGUCCAACUUCAUUCAAAUAUGUGGAGUACUUCCUGAGACCUCUGCUACAAUCUAUCUGUGAUAACAGUCCAGAGGUUCGACAGGCGGCUGCUUAUGGCAUUGGUGUAAUGGCACAGUUUGGUGGUGAUAAUUAUCAUCCUUUCUGCACAGAAGCGCUUCCACUUCUUGUUGGUGUAAUCCAGGCCCCUGACUCCAAAACCAAAGAGAAUGUCAAUGCAACAGAGAAUUGCAUCUCAGCUGUAGGAAAAAUCAUGAAGUUCAGACCUGACUGUGUCAAUGUGGAGGAGGUCCUUCCUCAUUGGCUUUCAUGGCUGCCAUUGCAUGAGGAUAAAGAAGAAGCAGUCCAUACUUUUAACUUCCUGUGUGACCUCAUAGAAAGUAACAACCCUAUUGUACUAGGACUCAACAAUUCAAAUUUACCCAAAAUAUUUAGUAUUAUAGCAGAUGGCGGUGUCCAUGAAUCAAUUAAAAAUGAAGAUGUUUGCGGCAAGCGACUUGCUAAUGUAGUUCGACAAGUUCAGGCAUCUGGAGGACUGUUCUCAGAAUGUGUCUCGCAGCUGACUGCAGUUCAGCAGAAGGCUUUACAAGAUCUACUCAGCACUGCGUGAAGGCCUCUACCAUCAGCAAAGAUGAGGACGAUGGAUACACUUACCUCUUCUGUUUAGGUUUUUGGUUUGUUUUGAGCAAAAGAAGCGGUAGUGCUAGUAGGCCACUUUUCUACAGGUCAUCAUAUUGGGAGAAAUGCACCAUACUGAAGUGUUACAAUGGAUUCUUCAAGAAGGAUGUUUCCUGCAGGCCUACAAUAACUCUAAAAGGAUUGUUUUUUCCUAUCCUAUGUCUCCUGUUUCUCGCCUUCUGUGGCUGGGGAGAAACUACCUUCCAUUGUCCUUUAUCAGCAGUUAAGUAGUCUGAGUGCUAUAAAUGGAUUUUAAGACAAAUGGACUUAAAUCCUCUAUACCCAAAGGGCCUGCAAUGCUUUUAAAAAUGGUGCUCUCCACACCAUUUAUCACAGUGGUAUGGUGAGUUCAUAAUUAGCACGAUGUUAUAAUCGUCAAGACAGAUUUUUCUCCACAUAGUAUUAACUCCGUGUGCGUGGAAUAGGAACUAACUGCUGUAUCUUGGAAAAUAUGAAGUCCCAAGUAUGGUAUUCAAGAAAAAUGUUUUUUUGCACAGAUUUAUAUUGGCAUAUUUUUAUUUUUUAAUUUUUGCCCAUGCAUUGUGCCCAAAGGAUAUGUGGAUUGAUGCAGGAAAAUAUUUAGCUUCAGGCCCUUCAAUGUGAAAUGUCUCUGGCAUGUCUGGCAAUAUCUCCUUCACACCUGAAUAAACACCAAUGAAAGCCAAA